CUACUGCUCGAAACAUGCCGCCCACUAGCUUUCAAGCUAAUCAAAUGCCGUGUGUUCCUCAUAAAUAGCGGUGCUUGUUAGUGUAACUGAGACUUUGAAGUAAUGGCUAGUCUUAGUUCUGUUUUCCAAUUGAACAGAAUUUACAGACAUUACAGAUACGGUCUUUGAGCCCAUUUUAUGAGGUUUUAAGUGUGAUUUGUGUAUCUUGCUGAUUCAUUUAACUGGUGAAAACAUUUUACUGUUCGGGCGGUGUUUAUGGAUUUAAUGUCCCAUUAGAAAUUGCCACUGCGGCGAGGACGCGGUUGUUAACGAGGAGCACGUGAAGGCAACAUGAGUUCACGCCUUCCGUGAAUUCUGAUUGGCUCCCAGUUACCAGCCGGCGUCCCCCAUUGGCUGGUGCGCGUCCAUUGAAUCCCCUCCUCUACCUUUGUCAAUUUCUUGCGCUCCCGUUGAAACGUCUGGUUGUUGUUUCCCCGGGCACGGAGGACGAAGUUGCUCGCCCCGCACGGUCUCAGGCUAGGGAAAACCGAGAGAGGCUGUAGGCAGCUCCACUUUCUUCUGUGACCAGAGGAGGACCCGUGCAACCGAAUGGAAAGGGAGUAAGUGGGCCAAAAGGCAGGAGGGAUAUAACCUAUCCAUCACCUUGUGAGCACCGCGCGGUGUGAGCCGCAGCACUGCAACUCCUCGAGCCAGCGUGCGACGGCGGACCGUGUUGGGGAGCAAACAAGGGAAUGACAUAAACAUACCCAGAGAUGGUUUACUACCCGCGGGGACCUUCGGAGACACUACAACGACCGCUGCUGCUGUGAACUUAUUCUGUCAUAAAAACCGCACAGCCGAGACGGAGAGGAACAAGAGAAGCGCUUCUUCGUCUUUCCAGCAAAGGGAUUAAUUAUGCCGGACCAAAUCACAGUUUCAGAGUUUGUGGCAGAGACGAAUGAAGACUAUAAAUCGCCGACUGCCUCCAACUUCACCACCAGGAUGUCCCACUGCAGGAAUACAGUGGCUGCUCUGGAGGAGGCUCUGGAUGUGGACCGCAGUGUUCUGUACAAGAUGAAAAAGUCUGUGAAAGCCAUCUACACGUCUGGUCUGGCCCACGUGGAGAAUGAGGAGCAGUACACUCAGGCCCUGGAGAAGUUCGGAGAAAACUGCGUGUACAGAGAUGAUCCUGAUCUGGGGUCAGCCUUCCUCAAGUUCUCUGUCUUUACCAAGGAACUCACUGCGCUUUUCAAAAACUUGUUCCAAAACAUGAACAACAUCAUCACCUUUCCUCUGGACAGCCUGCUGAAAGGAGACCUGAAGGGAGUCAAAGGGGAUAUAAAAAAGCCUUUUGACAAAGCCUGGAAGGACUACGAAACAAAAGUCACCAAGAUAGAGAAGGAGAAGAAGGAGCACGCCAGGCAGCAUGGGAUGAUCAGGACGGAAAUUAGUGGGGCAGAAAUCGCUGAAGAGAUGGAGAAGGAGAGGAGAUUCUUCCAGCUGCAGAUGUGUGAGUACCUUCUCAAAGUCAAUGAGAUCAAAAUCAAGAAGGGGGUGGACCUGCUGCAAAAUCUCAUCAAGUACUUCCACGCACAGUGCAAUUUCUUUCAGGAUGGUCUGAAAGCUGUGGACAACCUGAAGCCUUCCAUAGAGAAACUGGCCACAGAUCUUCACACAAUAAAGCAGGUGCAGGAUGAGGAGAGGAAGCAGCUGACUCAGUUACGAGAUGUCCUCAAGUCGGCGCUACAGGUGGAGCAGAAAGAGGAUUCACAGGUUCGGCAGAGCACCACCUACAGCUUGCACCAGCCACAGGGCAACAAGGAGCACGGCACAGAGCGCAGUGGGUACCUCUACAAGAAGAGUGACGGGUUGAGGAAAGUUUGGCAGAAGCGAAAGUGCACGGCGAAGAACGGUUACCUGACCAUCUCACACGGCACAGCUAAUCGGCCGCCAGCUAAACUCAACCUGCUCACCUGCCAGGUGAAACACAAUCCUGAGGAGAAGAGAAGCUUUGACCUCAUAUCACACGACAGAACAUAUCACUUUCAGGCCGAGGACGACCAGGACUGUCAGAUCUGGAUCUCUGUGCUGCAGAACAGCAAGGAGGAGGCGUUGAAUCAGGCCUUUAAAGGAGACCAGCAUGUUGGUGAGAACAACAUUGUGCAGGAGCUGACCAAGGCGAUCCUCGGAGAAGUCAAGAGGAUGACGGGAAAUGAUGUGUGCUGCGACUGCGGAGCACCCAACCCAACGUGGCUGUCCACCAACCUGGGCAUCCUCACCUGUAUUGAAUGUUCGGGGAUCCACAGGGAGCUGGGAGUCCACUACUCCAGGAUUCAGUCGCUCACUCUGGAUGUACUCAGCACCUCAGAGCUCUUGCUGGCCAAGAAUGUGGGGAAUGCAGGCUUCAAUGAAAUCAUGGAGGCUUGUUUAAGUGCGGAAAAUGUGGUGAAACCCAACCCAGCCAGUGACAUGCAGGCGAGGAAAGACUUCAUCACAGCCAAAUACACAGAGAAGCGUUUCGCCAGGAAGAAGUGUCCUGAUGCGACGUCGCGGCUCCACACCCUGUGUGACGCAGUGAAGGCGCGAGACAUUUUCUCCCUCAUCCAGGUCUACGCCGAGGGAGUCGACCUCAUGGAACCCAUACCUCUGGCCAACGGACACGAACAAGGGGAGACAGCCCUUCAUCUCGCUGUCCGACUGGUGGAUAGAACAUCUCUGCACAUUGUUGACUUCCUCACUCAGAACAGCUUGAAUUUAGAUAAGCAGACAGCCAAAGGCAGCACAGCGCUUCACUACUGCUGUCUGACUGACAACAGCGAGUGUCUGAAACUGCUCCUGCGGGGCAAGGCCUCCAUAGAGAUCGCUAAUGAGGCCGGGGAGACACCGCUGGAUAUCGCUCGGAGGCUCAAACACCUACAGUGUGAGGAACUGUUGAACCAAGCUCUGGCAGGGAAAUUCAACGCCCAUGUCCAUGUAGAGUAUGAAUGGUGUCUGCAGCAUGAAGACCUGGAUGAGAGUGACGAAGAUCUGGAUGAGAAGCCCAGCCCUCAUCGCAGAGACGAGCGCCCGGUCAGCUGUUACACCCCGAGCAGCAACUCCAACCUGGGCCCCGUAGGCCGCGACGCAGUCGGCCUCGCCAAGGACAAACAGCGCGCCUACAUGCCCAACCUGGUUAACAACGAGACCUAUGGCACCAUCCUCAACACCAACCCGCCUCAGCCCGCCACCACCUCCGCGCCGCCCCUGCCCCCGAGGAACCUGGUCCAGUUAUCCGGUCUGGGAGGGAUCAGUCAGUCCUCGGCGUCCAGCAGCUGGAAGCCCGGUUCUUUAGACCUGAUGGGGCGACAGAGAUCGUCCUCAGACCCCCCAAACAUGCACCCUCCUGUCCCCCCCAUGAGACUCACCUCAACUGGAGGUCUGGGUCCUCCUCCUGUGGCGAAGAUGGAAGCUAUGAUCAUACAGCCCAAGUCAGGCCAGGGACCACUGGGGUCCCGAGCAGUGCCAGCAGGCAAUGAUAAAAGCUUCAACAGAGGACCUUUGAAUCGAACACAGUCUAUCGAAAGACCGGCUAAGGAAGUGCCCGGAUGCCCCCAGAACUCCAUAGGUCAAUCUCUGCCUCCAGCCCCCAUGCCGAGGAAGGCCUACCCUAAGCAGAGGCCUAAGCGAGUGAAAGCCAUCUACAACUGUGUAGCCGACAACCCAGACGAGCUGACCUUCUCUGAGGGUGAGGUAAUCGUGGUGGAUGGAGAGGAGGACCAGGAGUGGUGGCUGGGCCACAUUGAAGGCGAUCCCAUGAGGAGAGGGGCCUUCCCGGUUACGUUUGUACAUUUCAUCGCCGACUGAAAGGUCACUCUGGGUCUCAGAAAGUGUCCCUGGAUGCAGCGUCCCUCCUUUGCCCGUCUGUGUCUGUCGGCCAGCAGAACAUCCACCAUCGUCCCAGUGGUUGUUGUCGACAUCAUCAUCUUCAUCUUCAUCAUCAUCAUCUUCACUGGCAUCAUCGGCGUCCUCGUUGAGGUGGUCGCUGCUGUGUCAUCACCUUGGCUGCAACUGUGUGUGGCUGUCGUCAUGGCAACCAUGGCAGACUUGUGCCAGAAAGUCUGGGUGUCAAGGAGGACUCAUGGGACUGUAUGUGAUUUUAAUGCUUGCUGUUAAUGUUUCUGACACAGACUCUUAACAUUUAAAAAAAACAAAAAAAAACAAUGAUUGUAGUGAAUGACCUCUCGCAAUAAAUGCACUUUCCUUGUCUUAAUCCUUAUUACAACGUAAGAUGACGUGACAUAAUGAAGGUUGUAUGUACAGUAUUCAUUUCUCCCGUUUUCUGUUCAGCUGCAAUGUACAAACACUCCCUAAAGUGAUAGUACUGAAAGACUACGGCAAUGUAUUUUAACUUACUAACAACUGUAAAAGUGAACAUAGUCAACAUGCUUACAUUCCACCUCUGUGCAUGAGCGAUCCUUAAAAGUCUACCUGCUUCUAGGUGCAACUGUUUUCAACUCUAUAGUAACCCUCCCGCGUGGAGGUUUGUCUGAUGGUGCUAAGUUAACCCCAGAAUAUGCUAGAAGCUGCACCCAAGUGAGCGCCUCCCUGUCCCCGUUUCAAAGGACGAGUGGCAUCGCAAGAGGGAUGCUGCGUGUAAAAACAGCCUCCAACUCCACACACCUGGGAGAACCCACUUUCUCCCGUGUGUGUAGAAUAGUAGAGCUGAAAGCGAAUUCUACGCUGUGCAUCUUCCACGAAUGCUUUUUCCACACACGCUUCCGCCUGUACUAUUUUAGGAUACUAUUCAACAGCAACAAUCCAGUUCUUCCUCCCGUGCUGUUUUAGGUCAAAUGAUGAGACUGACUGGAGCUGCAGCAGCCGGUAAUUACCUUUAUCGGCGAGUCUGACACCUCAGGCUGUCUUCACCUGUCAUCUGCCUUAUUAGAGGAAUAGGAAGUGUGUGUUUGUGUGUGUGUGUGUGUGUGUGUGUGUGUGUGCAUGUCUCGUCUGCCGGGAAUAAGCUGAGAAUGACAGGAUAUUGAAGUAAGAGGAAAUUAAAAAAAAAAAAAAAAAGUGUAGGAAUGUGACGAAAAGCAGGAGUUAGCUGUGACUUUUGUUGCUCAC